AUGGUCCGCCUGCCACUCCCGCAGCGCCUCAGCUCGCACCUCUCCGCCAGAAGUGCGAGCUCAACACCGGGACAGAGCAGGAGUACCAGUCCCUUGAGAUCGAAUGAACCCAAGCCUCUAUUGCUCAAGGUGACCGUCAUCAAGGGUCGAAAUCUGGCUCCCAAGGAUCGAGGUGGCACAAGUGAUCCGUAUUUGGUGGUCACAUUGGGAGACGCCAAACAGUCCACCCCAACAAUAUCCAAAACCCUGAACCCGGAAUGGAACGUGUCGUUUGAAAUGCCCGUGCUGGGCGUCCCACUGUUGGAAUGUAUCUGCUGGGAUCACGAUCGAUUUGGCAAGGACUACAUGGGCGAGUUCGAUAUCGCGUUGGAAGACAUCUUUCAGGAUGGGCAGGUUUGCCAACAGCCCAAAUGGUACAAUCUCAAGUCGAAACGACUUUCCAGUCGCUCCACCCGAAAGAAGAAGAAGAAGGACAGCAAUGUGUCGGGCGAAAUCCUGCUCCAGUUCUCUCUUUCCGACUCUGCCUUCCCCGGAGCCUCGCCCACGGACACAUAUCGCAAGUUUAGAAACUUGGCGUGCAUUGGUGAGGAGGAUGACCCGUUGGAUCAGAUACCUACCGCCGACCUGGACGAGCUGGACCUGGACGAGGAGACCUCCGACGAAACCGACGAUCAGACUAAGCCCGAGAUUGUCGAGAAGCGUCGGAGGCGGUUGCGACUGGCUCGUUUGCGCCGCAAAUCCUUGGCUGCACGCGCAUAUCAAUUCUCGGGAUCAGGGACCGGUGUUCAGGGUAUUAUGUUUAUGGAGAUCGUCAAAGUCACUGAUCUUCCCCCUGAGAAAAACGUGACACGAACUUCAUUUGACAUGGAUCCCUUCGUGGUUACCUCUCUGGGGAGGAAAACACUUCGAACCCCCGUCGUGCGCCACAACCUAAAUCCCAUUUACCAUGAGAAAAUGGUCUUCCAAGUUAUGCGGCACGAGCAGAACUAUCUAAUCAGCUUCACGGUAAUGGACCGGGACAAGUUUUCAGGCAAUGACUUUGUCGCCUCCGCGAGCUUCCCAUUGCAAUCCCUCAUCCAGUCUGGUCCUGAAACCGACCCCGAGACAGGUCUGUAUCAUUUUGUAGAGUUGGAUGAGCCUAGCCCGGCGGCAAAGUAUAGUCCUCGCUUUGCCGUCAGCCCUUCGCCAUCUUCAUCAAAUCUUUCCAAGAUGAGCAGACCUGUAUUCAAGACCCGCAGCUCCUCGGCGUCCGUCACACAGUCCAUUGGUGACUUGGCCAACAAAGCACCUACAUCUGUCCCAGACGAGUUGUCCGGCGUCGACAGCAGCAGCAGUACCCUACAGAUUCCAAUCGCUUCGAGCGAGACAAUAGCAGACCCGCUUCCCAUACCGGACGAGGAGGGCCUGAGGGCGUACACGAUCCCCCUGACACUGAAGAAUCGAGAACGGUGGGAAGACAAGCACUCGCCCGAAUUGCAUGUCAAAGCGAAGUAUCUACCCUAUAGCGCUUUGCGCCAGCAGUUCUGGCUGUUGAUGCUCAGACAAUACGAUGCCGAUGACAGCGGUCGUAUUGAUAAGGUCGAAAUGACUACGAUGCUUGAUACUCUGGGUUCCACCCUGAAAGAAUCAACAAUCGAUAGCUUUUUCGACCGCUUCAGCACUGAGAACGAAACCAGCGAGACCGCUGAUCUCAGCUUCGAUCAAGCGGUGAUAUGCCUCGAAGACACCCUGCGCGCACUGCAGAGAAAGAACUCUGUCUCCUCCCUGCCGCCCCAGAGACCCCCCCCCUGGGACCCCGUCCCGACUUUGAAUAGUGAUGAGCAGCCCAGUUCGAACGAGGAAGACCUUCGCCCAGGCGAUCUAGCCGAUGAGAGAGGUGAGGAGCACGUCGUGGAGAUCCGCGAAUGUCCGCUUUGCCACCAGCCUCGUCUUUCGAAACGAUCCGAUGCGGAUAUUAUUACUCAUAUUGCAACAUGUGCCAGUCGUGACUGGCGCCAGGUCGACAAUCUCGUCAUGGGUGGAUUCGUGACUUCCAGUCAGGCUCAGCGCAAAUGGUACUCCAAGGUCAUUACGAAGAUCUCUUACGGUGGUUAUCGCCUUGGUGCCAACUCUGCCAACAUUUUGGUUCAAGAUCGUAUUACCGGCCAGAUUAACGAGGAACGUAUGAGUGUUUAUGUCCGACUGGGAAUCCGACUACUUUACAAGGGUCUCAAGAGCAGGGACAUGGAGAAGAAGAGAAUCCGUCGCGUUCUACGUUCGCUUAGUGUCAAACAGGGCCGAAAGUACGACGAUCCCGCCUCGGCCGCCCAAAUCAAGGACUUUAUCAAUUUCCAUCAAUUGGACAUGUCCGAGGUUUUGCAACCUAUUGAAAAGUUCCGUAAUUUCAACGAAUUCUUUUACCGCGCAUUGAAACCCGAGGCUCGUCCCUGCUCCGCCCCCGAUGAGCCCAAGAUUGUUGUAUCCCCCGCCGACUGUCGCUCUGUGGUCUUUGAUCGUAUCGACGAGGCGACUAGUAUUUGGGUCAAGGGCCGAGAGUUCUCCGUCGAAAGAUUACUUGGAAACGCCUACCCUGAAGAUGCGGCCCGAUACCACAACGGUGCGGUGGGUGUGUUCCGCCUUGCACCGCAAGACUAUCACCGCUUCCACAUCCCUGUUGACGGGGUGAUGGGUGAGCCGAAAACCAUCGAGGGUGAGUAUUACACGGUCAACCCAAUGGCCGUCCGCUCCGCGCUUGAUGUGUACGGCGAAAAUGUUCGUGUUCUUGUCCCUAUUGAUUCCGUUGCGCAUGGCCGUGUGAUGGUUAUCUGUGUUGGAGCCAUGAUGGUCGGUAGUACGGUCAUUACGCGCAAGGCUGGCGAGAAGGUUUCUCGAGCGGAGGAGCUUGGUUAUUUCAAGUUUGGUGGCUCUACUCUUCUCGUUUUGUUUGAAGAGGGAGUGAUCAAUUUCGACAAGGAUUUGGUGGAUAACUCCAGGGGUCGUUUGGAGACACUGAUUCGAGUCGGCAUGUCAGUUGGGCACAGCCCUGAUAUUCCUCAAUUCGAACCAGAUAUGCCCAAGGACGCAGAGAAUGUCACUCUCGAAGAUAUGGAAGAAGCCAAGCGGCGCAUUGAGGGUAGUUCGUCUGCCCCCCGUGAUCCUGCCCCGGUGGAUGCUGCGAUGCAAUGA